CUGAAGAAGACGCUUGAGACCGAGGUGCGGGCGCCGGUGGCGGCAAUGGCGGAGAGGCCCGAGGACCUAAACCUGCCCAAUGCCGUCAUCACCAGGAUCAUCAAGGAGGCGCUCCCGGACGGUGUCAACAUCUCUAAGGAGGCCCGCAGCGCCAUCUCCCGCGCCGCCAGCGUCUUCGUGCUGUACGCCACUUCCUGCGCCAACAACUUUGCGAUGAAAGGGAAACGCAAGACACUGAAUGCCAAUGACGUGCUCUCAGCCAUGGAAGAGAUGGAGUUCCAGCGGUUCGUUACCCCAUUGAAAGAAGCUCUGGAAGCCUACAGGCGAGAGCAGAAAGGCAAGAAGGAAGCUUCAGAGCAAAAGAAGAAGGACAAAGACAAAAAAACAGAUUUGGAAGAGCAAGACAAGAGCAGGGAGGAGGACAAUGAUGAAGACGAGGACAGGCUGGAAGAAGAAGAGCCGAAUGAGGAGGAGGAAGUGGACAACUAACGGGAUGGGAAGACUGUGGCACGCUGGAAAGUACCACCCUGACAUGUGUAUGCUUUUGGGGAGGACCCACUGAUCCUGCCUCAAAGAGUUCUUGACAUGUGGACCCGCCCAGAUCUUUGUAAACACGGGAUCCUGCGUUACCUUGGAUGGCCAGCAGAUGCUGCUCUUCGACCACAACAAGAGGUUUUCAUGGCUCUGCUGGGCAACCUAUGCGUACUAGUUGCUCAAUGACUCAACAUUUAUGGAGUCCCUACUAUGAGGCUGGCACCAUUCUAAAUGCUUUCAAGUAUAAACUCUGAAACUCUAUCAAGGAGAACUAUUACCUUUGUGAUCUCAGCCACAACGCUAUAUUCUCUAAUGUACAGAACUUUUUAAAUCAUGAAUUUAUAAAUAACAUUUCAUAAAGGUACAACCCCGGUAGUCACUAGAUCUGGUGGUUUUUCCUUUUCCACAAAAGAAACAUCCUUUCUUAACUCCCAUGAGCACCACUCAGCUAAACUCUCAAGUCCCAUCUAGACUCCUGUGGCUUCCUUUGAGCUCAGUUUUUUGCCUCAUCUCUGCUUGCCCUAGCUUCUGUGUACUGCUUGCCAAGUGGAUCUUCUUGGAACAUAGCUGUAUUCCAGCCCCUCACUGCGUCCCGUUAAAUCCAUACUUAAACCUGGUACACAAAACCUGCUUACGGAGGGAUUGCCUUACCAUCUAUUCCAAUCCAUUUCUACUUUAUUGUGUAAGUCUCCAGUCAUUGAAUCCCCAAAAGAACUCUCCUUGCACAUGGUUUUAGUUAGCACAUUUUGACUACCUAAGCCAUGUUUCCUGACAGCGGGAACUAUGACUUAAAACUACAGAAGUGGGGCCUAGCAGACUCAGUUGGUAGAGCAUGUGAGUCUUGACCUCAGGGUGGUGAGUUCAAGCCCUGUGCUGGGUGUAGAGAUUACUUAAAAGAACUGGGAGGAAUCUGAGGUUAUCGACCAGUUUUUUCCAAGCACACCCUAAUCAUUCCUGUAGGCGUAUCCGAAUUUUGAAGGUUGCUUACUAGGUUAAGGCAAAAAUCUCAUCUUUUGUAAGCCACCUCCCUUCAUGCCUAGAGAUUCUGAUCUGGAUUUGGAGGGUGAGAAGGUUUUCAUCCUUACCUGGGUAAAAUCGCAUUUGCAGGGACAUCUAGUGGGCUCAGUCAGUGGCACGUGCGACUCUUGAUCUUGGGGUUGUAAAUUCAAGCCCCAUAUUGGGUGUAGAGAUUACUUAAAAAAUAAAAUAAAAUCAGGGUACCUGUGUGACUGGGUCAGUUAAGCCUCUGAGUCUUGAUAUUGACUCAGGUUCCUAUCUAGCCCCAGGUGGAGCACCUGCUGAGUGUGGAGACUGAUUGGGAUCCUCUCUCUUCCUCUCUGUCCCCAUCCCCAGCUCGUUCUCACUCUCUCUCAAAAAUAAACUUAAAAAUUGUUUAAAAAUUACGUUUGCAGCCUAAUUCUAUUUUUGCUGAUGGGAAAUGGAGGCUCAUCAGAGAGAAGUGACUUGCUUAAGAUCUUACCACUAGUUUAUGAAAGCUAGGAUCCUGUUCUAGUGGUCCAUAGCCUUCUAUUCCUCUUUUUUUCUUUAAUAAACUUUUUAUUUUAGAACAAUUUUAGUUUUCAGAAAAGUUGCAGAGUGCAGAGAGUUCCCAUAUAAUCACCCAACUUUGCCUCAUGUUGACAUCUUACAUAACCAUGGUACCUUUGUCAAAACAGAAAAAUACCAAAUACCAAACUAUUCGUAUUUCACCACUUUUUCCACUAAAGGCCUUUUUUGAUCCAGGAUCCAUUCCAGAACACUACAUUGCAUUCAAUGAACCAAUUUUAUCUUUCAGUUGAGAUGAGACUCACAGAACAUAACAUUAAUCAUUUUUAAAUGACCAAUUCACUGGCAUUUAGCACACUCACUGUGUUGUGCAAGCACCACUUCAGUCUAGCUCCAAAACGUUUUCAUCACCCCAAAAUAAAACCCUGCACCUGUUAAGCAGUUACUCGCUCAUGCUUCCCUCCCUCCAGUCCCCAGCAGCCACUAAUCUCUUGCUAGCACUUGACAGCGUUUAGCACCAUGCCUUGUACCUCCCUGGGAAGUACUCACAAUAGUAGGUUUUGAGGGGUUUGUGGGGUUUUUUUUGUUAUUUUUUAUUGAAGUAUAAUAUGCCUACUAAAUGGUGCAGAUAAAUGUAAAUGUAAAGUUGGAUGAACUUGCACAAACACAUCCAUGUAACUUGCACUCAGAUCAGUAAACAACAUGACCGGCACCCUAAUAAACCCCUUUGGUCUCCCUUCCA